AUGACCGACUUUCGCCGCACGCAGAACACCUUUGGCGACGCGUUUCCGACUGCAGAGCAGGUGCAUGGCGGCUUUAACUUUGACAAUUGCCGCCGCAAUGAGAUGCUGCUGAAUCAGGCGGGCGGGAAACAGCGCAUCAAGGCCAUGAAGACUGGCACGACGAUCGUUGGUGUCGUCUACAAGGACGGUGUAGUGCUUGGAGCGGAUACGCGCUCGACGGGCGGCUCGAUCGUGAUGGACAAGAACUGUGAGAAGAUCCACUAUAUUGCACCCAACAUUUACUGCUGUGGUGCUGGCACUGCUGCUGAUACGGAGAACACGACCGCGCUCAUUUCGUCGCAGUUGGAGCUGCACCGUCUGAACACAAGCACGCAGUCACGAGUGGUGACGGCCAUGACGCUAUUGAAGCGGAUGUUGUUCCAGUACCAGGGCCACGUCUCGGCGGCUCUGGUUCUUGGAGGCGUCGACGUUACGGGUCCACACCUCUACACGAUUUACCCCCAUGGAAGCACGGACAAGCUGCCAUUUGUGACCAUGGGCUCAGGGAGUUUAGCGGCCAUGUCUGUUUUCGAGCAUGGCUACAAGGACGACAUGACGGAGAAUGAAGCGAAAACGCUGGUGCAAGAUGCUAUCUUGGCUGGUAUUUUCAAUGACCUGGGCUCGGGUAGCAAUGUCGACGUGACGACGAUCAAGAAAGUCAAUGACAAGGUGGAAGUGGUCAAGGAGUUUAACUGUAUCAAGCCGAACGAGGUGUCGGAGCUGCGUUCGCAGAUCGACCGUAACAUCGUCACGCACAUCCCGCGCGGAGCUACUCAUGUGCUGAGCUCCACGACAGAGCUGUUCCCUGCUGACAUUGUCGUCGAGGAGGCCACGCCCAUGGACUUGUAG